AGCGCAGAGGCUUCUGGGAAACCGAGUCCACGCUCUGAAUAAUUCAAGCUCCCAUACCCUCUCCUCCACCGCUAACAAGAUGCCGGCCGUACAUCACAAACUGCUCCUGGAGGACGCUUUGCAGGACAGUCCUCAGACUCGCUCCUUGCUCAGUGUGUUUGAGGAAGAUGCUGGGAUGCUUACAGACUACACUAACCAGCUGCUACAAUCGAUGCAGCGUGUGUUUGGAGCCCAGAGUGAGAUGGGGUUGGCCACAGAGCAGCUCUCACAGCAACUUCUGGAUUAUGAGAAGAAAAAUUUUGCCCUUGGAAAAGGUGAUGAAGAGGUAAUCACCACGCUGCAGAACUUUGCCAAAACUGUAGGGGAGCUGAACUCGCUCCACUCUGAGCUAGCCAACCAGAUGGCUGACAGCAUGGUGUUCCCCCUGAUCCAGUUCCGAGAGAAGGACCUUACAGAGAUAAGCACACUGAAGGAAAUAUAUGGCAUUGCAACAGAUGAGCAUGAGGCAGCUAUGGUCAAAUACAGCCGAUUGCCCAAGAAGAAGGAGAAUGAGAAGCUGAAGUCAGACUUGGUGAAGGAGGUCGCCUACACUAGAAGGAAGCAGCACCAGGCCUCACUGCAGUAUUACUGCGCCCUCAACGCCCUGCAGUAUCGCAAGAGAGUAGCGAUGCUCGAACCUAUGCUAGGCUACACACAGGCACAGAUCGGCUUCUUCAAGAAAGGCAUUGAGCUGGUGUCAAAGAAGAUGGACAACUUUCUCACCUCUGUGUCCAACAUGACUCAAAAUAUCCAGGCCCAGCUGGACACAGAGGCAGAGGCCAUGCGUGUGUCCCAGAGGGAGCUUCUGUCUGUGGAGGACACUGUCUAUAUGCCAGAUAAGGAUACUGAGCCUGUCAAUCGCACACUUAUCCAGAAGGCUGGCUUCCUCAACAUUAGAAAUAAAACAGGCCUAGUGACCACAGCCUGGGACCGACUGUACUUCUUCACCCAGGGAGGAAACCUCAUGUGCCAGCCGCGUGGGGCAGUGGCGGGGGGCAUGGUGCUGGACCUAGACAACAGUUCUGUCAUGGCUGUGGAGUGUGAGGACAGACGCUACUGCUUUCAGAUAACCUCUCCCACAGGCAAAACGUCAAUGAUUCUACAAGCCGAGAGCAAAAGGGAAUAUGAAGAAUGGAUUUGCACUGUGAACAACAUCUCCAGACAGAUCUACCUGACUGACAACCCAGAGGCUGUGGCCAUUCGACUGAACCAGACGGCCAUCCAGGCAGUGACCCCGAUCACCAGCUUUGAGAAGAGACCAGAGGGCUCGCCCAACCCUGACAGAGCGAAACCAGGAGGUGUAAAUGCUGCCAGUGGUGGUUCUCAGAAGUCAGGGGCUGCUACGGAGCCAGAAGACUUGAUAGCCCCUGGGACACCCAUUCAGUUCGACAUCAUGCUGCCAGCCUCCGAGUUUCAGGACCAGAACAGGGCUGGAGGGAGACGCACAAAUCCUUUUGGAGAAACAGACGACGACUGUUCAACAGAAAGUGACGACUCCCUCCUGCAGCAAGUAUUCGCUGUGCGCUUCCAGGGCUCAAUGGCGGUGCGCUGUGGCAACAAUCAGGAGGUCAUCUAAGAGGCCAUGAGGCAGGUGCUGGCUGCCCGAGCCAUCCACAACAUCUUCAGGACCACCGAAUCCCACCUCAUGGUCACCAGCAGUAGCCUCAGGUUGAUUGACCCUCAGACUCAAGUCACAAGAAUAAGCUUCCAACUCGGAGAAGUGUGUCAGUUUGCAGCCCACCAAGAGAACGGGAGGCUGAUGGGGUUCGUGGUCGAGGGCAGAGACUGGAGUGAUGGAGAUGAGGAGGGAGAGCCCUCAUUUAGCGCCUUCGUCUUUGAGAGCAACACAGAGGGCGAAAAGAUAUGUUACACCAUUAGUUUGGCGAAGGAGAUUGCAGAAGCCAAGAAGGACCCAGAGGCCCUGGCCCAGCUGAUGAAGAACAUGCCUCUCACCAAUGACGGUAAGUUCCUGCUGCUGGAGCCUGAGACGGGCGACACAACCAACGGAGCAGAAGACGACCUUGAGUCUGAAGCCUAGUCCCAGCUAGGACCAAAAGAAAAACAACCAAGACCAGGGCCACGGUCCAGCUUUUGCCCAGGAGAGAAGGCUUUCCCUGGAUAACAGUGACAUCAUGACCCGCUAGCCCUAACUCUGGUACUGUAACACCCAUAUUAGAGAGUGUAGUUCACUUCCACUUACCCUGUGUUACUAGAGUUUUUUGCUGUCAUGAAAGCAGAAGACGUUGGCAGGGGGUUGCCUGGACCCAAAAGCACAUCUCGUGGGUGCUCCAUUAGAUCUGCUUUUCUAAGGUCAGACUGUAGCAUGGGUCUUUGGAUUUGGAGUUGUUUUUACACCACUGUGGGUGGUACUUCCGUCAAAAGGGACACUAUAUAGAUAUUGAUUGUCAUUCAUUGUUUUCUAAUAUCCCCAGCCAUCUAACAGAAGGUGGUGACUCGUUUGCUUCAUUUUAGGUUUACAUAGUUUGGAGUCUGUCUGUUUUCCUUUACUUUGUUUUACAUGUUAACUUGUAUGUAAGGCUUUUAUGCAACUACUUUGGUGUUUUUUUUUCUUUAUUUGUGUACAAAAAAAAAGUUAUUGCACUUCCAAGGUUAAUAUUUACUUAAUAAUGCUUGAUGGCUACAGAAUGCACUAACUGAGGCAUUUGAAGGAUCCUAAACUUAAGAUAAUGAAGAACUUAAAAUAGGUAAAAAUCACAUUGGUUUCUUUUCUCUGCAGACGAGUGACUGUUGCGUUGCUUGUUGUUGUUACUGUGUGAGCAUGUGUGUCCUGAAGCAGUGGACACAGUUGGUGGAGCGAUUAGACUGAAUUUUUGUUCUCUCUGCACUCUUGCCACUAUCUAAAGCAUUCCCUGUAAACUGAAUCAAGUUUAGGAUGAUCUUUAUUAACAUGAUCUGUAUGCAAGGUCCUUCUCAAGCAGCCCAAAUAUUCUUAAGUAAAACUGGUACUUUGCUUUAGGUUUGUUGAAAGCCUGUGUAAAUACGAACUGUCUGAGUGUCUAUAUGAUGUUUAAUCAGAGUUGGCUGCAUUGAAGGCUUUCACUUUUAAAAGCUAGGACAGAUGCGGUGCAUGAUUAAAUAAUGGCAUUCUCUCUCAGUCCAUUCGCAGAGAUUAAAACCUCUAAAUUGAACACUGAGCUGUAAUACUAAAAAAAAUAAAACCACUGAAACGUUACAGUAACGCAUGUAGGCAGAACACAGUGGUGUAUUAUGUACUUUUUGAAAAGCAGCUCGCUCUUUGCUCACACACAUAAAUAUUAAACGGAACAAAACUGAAGGGAAGCGACUGAUCUGUGAAAUUCUGCCUUCUCUUUAGAUCCCAGUGCAGUUUUAUACCAUUUCAGCCUAUUUGAAAUGUAACGCUAAUCUCAAUGGACAGAGGAAGCCUGUGGUGCACUGUGUGAAUGUGACAUGUUUUGGUACUGUGUAAAACAGACGAGGUCAAAACCACUGACUUGACGUUGAUCGUGAAAGUAACAUUGUAUUGACCAGUGAGUGUCUGCUUGCUUUUUCUCCUCUGUAUCAUCAGAGCUCUUGGUAGAAUCACAUUAAACAAGAAUUAAGUGUGGAUAUUUGAGGACUGCCUGCUCUACUGGUGACUAGUUAUGAUUGUUUGAUUGACUUAUCAUCAUGAAGGAAAUCUUAAUAGCACAAUGUAGUGGCUGUAGAAUGACACCAACAGUGUUUAGAGCCUAUAAGGCCCACUGUGUCUGUCUGCCACCGGGUACGAAAAUAAAGGCUUGCUUUACGCAACCAAAACAGAAGGAGGAUAGCGCUUCUGUCUUUCCCUGUAGCUUUCCCCAUGUACGAAAGAAUAUCAAUUAAAGUUCUUUGUAGGUACUAUCCCUGGUAGCAGAAAUGGCAGACAAAGUAACUGAAAAACAAAAUGUGUCCUGUGUUGUUGGUAGCUGAUAGGCUCUGAGAUAAAUAGAGAGCAUUCUAGUUGUUUUUGUGACAGCAGCGCCACAAUACUACCACUAAGGAUAAAGCUGAAAAAUUGUCUAUCUACACUUAAAAUAUGAAGCUACAGCACAGCACAGAUAGUGGGAACAGCUAGCCUGGCUCUGUCAAAUGGUACCAAAAUCUUUCUAACUAUCUAAUUAUCACAAAUGAAUACCUAAUAUAUCAUUAGUUUUAUCCUUGUAAAAACAUAAAGGUAACAUUUGAUAGAUGGUUUUGUGCUGGACUGUUUCUUGGCUGUAGCCAGUAACUUCUUGGAGUCUCUACUGGUUGCCUGGCAACCGGUCAGGGCCAAGAAAUACUCCAGCACAUAACUCCCUCAGAAAAUGUUUUUACGUUUCAGUUUUUGUGCAUUUUUUUAAACAAAUAAACAAAUAUUAUUUAAUAAGCUUUAAAAGUGCUGGUAGCUGGACUUCGUCACUAAUUGACAGUUUCCUUUCUACUGUGAUUGUGCUAAGCUAACUGACAGCUGGUUGUAGCCUUACAUGUAACGGACAAAUACAAGAGCUCUAUCCAUCUCCUCUAACUCUCCUCCAGAAAGCGAAUGUGUAUUUUCCUAAAUGUCAAAUGUUUGCUUGAAGUCGUAACGAUGAACCAUUUCUUUCUGUUUCCUGAUGUAAAUGCAUAUCGACAGCUAUUUUGAUGCUAUAAAGAAAAUGUCCAUCCACGAGACUUGUACCCUCCGUCCUCAGGUGUUGGUUGAGAAGCUUCAAUCACACCAUUAAUAAAACUACAGCAAUGCAUAUAAAGCAGGCUUAGAGCAUCAGUCUACAGAAGUCUGAGAUCUUUUUCUGUUUGAUGACCGACAUGAGCUGCUGCCUGUGUUCCUUUGAUUGAUGGCUCAGCUGGUGAGGAGUUUCUCUGACUUCACCUUCCACUCAAGAAACCAAAUCCUCUUAUUGUGGCGUGCUGCAGCCCAUUACACCUCCUACAGCUGUGCUGCAUAGUCUUGAUAUAUUUUUGCUUUGCCAGUUAAUGCACAGUCAGGAAAAAUCUGGGUCCUCAUUGUGAGGAAAAUAAAUUCCAGUAAUAUAGCAAGGGCUGCAUUUUCUCCCCUCUCUCUGUCUUUUUGUAAAUGGCUGAAGUUGACAGAAUCCAUUACCCAUAAGGCUUUGCACUUAAUUUGUCCUAGUUUUCUAAAAACCAAUGCUAACAUGCAAACUUUAAUAAAUGUAAGUAUUUUUUUCUUACUCAA